AUGUCUGACAACAAACCGGGUGACAAGAUUGAAAACGCCCCUGCUACGAAAGCAGAAGGCACAAAAAAUGCUGAUGCGGCGAAAAAAGUCAAAAAAAGCUGGUCCAACCCAGCUCUCCGGGCCAUGGGAAUUCCUCGCAUUUCGCUUCCGUCCAGAAACUGGAUGAUUUUCUGGUCCGUGUUGGCGUCUAUUGGAGGAGGUAUCUACUACGACAAGCAACAGCAGAAGAAAAUCAGAGAAAAAUACAUGGCGCAGGUGGAAGCUUUGAGCAAAGAAGUAUACCCAACCGAACGUCUUCCUCGCAAAGUAUCGGUUUUCAUUGCUCCUCCGCCCAACGAUUUUCUUGACCAGUCAAUGAGCCACUUCCGCAAGUACAUCAAGCCUCUCUUGAACGCUGCUGCGAUCGAUUUCGAGGUUUAUACUGAGAACAGGCAGGGCGACAUCCGGUCUCAGGUGGCAGAGAGAAUCAGAGACUUGAGAAAGCAGACAGUGGAGAAACAGCGACAGAGGGAAGAAGACGCCAAGAAGGAAGCAUACAACCGCUCAUGGACUAAGUUCUUCAAGGAGGACGUGCGCAAUCUUUUCAAAAAAGCCCCAAAGAAAGAAGAACAAGAGGUUUAUGUCAGUCGCCACGACAUGUACACUCCUGUGGACUUGCUUGGGCUUUAUAGAGUGGCCGAGCCUGUCAAGCCGGUGAGGGACGACGAAAAUGAUAUUUUGCAUGCUGGUGGUGUCAUUUGCGUGGGUAGAGGCACUUAUAAAGAGUACAUGAACGGUGUUCAAGAGGGCCUUUUGGGACCGUUGGAGAAACCCGCAGAACCUGUGCCUGAGCCUGCUGCAGAGUUGCCAGAGGGAGAAAACGAAAGCAAAGCUGAAGAAGUUGAGGAUUUCGGCCAGAAAGAAGGUGCGGAGCAGAAAAAGCAAGAACCGGUGCCAAAACCAUACAUCCAGCCGGCCGAUUACGCCUCGGGGACUUUGGCUCCCGAAUUGGAUUUCACAGAGGUGAUCCGCAACGACAAGAACGUGCCAGUGUUAUUUGAACAACCAUUGUCUGUGUUCGCUAUUCCGAAGUUGAGUGGAUUCAUGAACAUCCCAAGAAAAAUCUACAGAUACUUCAACACCAGAAAAAUGGCAGAAGAGGUCUCGGAGAAAACAUUGCCCAUCAUCUACGGCCGCUCGAGGCCCUUUGAGUUCAAAGACCGGUUCUUGGGCAAGGAAGAGGAGUUGGAUUGGCCUAAGAAAUGGGUUGAAAGAGGCCGUGCAAAGAACAGCGAAUGGGUGCAAGAAUUGGAGGUGGAUGAGCGUAUUGCCAACAGAAUGCGUGUGUAUGAGUAG